AUGGCCCCCUCGGCACUCUCUCCCCAGCAGCGGGCCGCCGAUGCAACGGCGCAGCAGCCCAACGGCGACCUCGCCCUCGAAGCGGGUGGCAACUUCACAGGCUAUGACCACGUAACGUGGUGGGUGGGCAACGCCAAGCAGGCGGCGGCCUACUACGUCAGCCUCUUCGGCUUCACGGCCGUCGCCUACAGGGGGCUCGAGACGGGCAGCCGGUACUUUGCCUCGUACGUCGUGGCCAACCACGGCGUCCGCUUCGUCUUCACGUCCCCCCUGCGAUCGGCCGAGCACCUGCUGUCCGACGACCCCAUCUCGGACGCGGAGCGGAGGCUGCUGGUGCAGAUGCACGCGCAUCUCGAACGGCACGGCGACGCCGUCAAGGACGUGGCGUUUGAGGUGGACGACGUCGAGGGCGUCUACCGCCGGGCCGUCAAGGGCGGCGCGGUGGCGGUGCAGGCGCCCCAGGUGCUCCGCGACGCCGAGCACGGCAACGUGGUGACGGCCGUCGUCAACACGUACGGCGACACGACGCACACGCUCAUCCACCGGGCGUCGUAUUCGGGGCCCUUCCUGCCGGGCUUCCGCGAGGCCAAGAAGGCGACGGGUUCGGUGACGCUGCCCGACGUCGGGCUGGCACGCAUCGACCACUGCGUCGGCAACCAGGACUGGGACGAGAUGGCGUCGGCGUGCGCCUUCUACGAGCAGUGCCUGUCCUUUCACCGCUUCUGGUCCGUCGACGACUCCCAGAUCUGCACCGAGUUCUCGGCCCUCAGCUCCAUCGUCAUGGCCUCGCCCAACAACCUCGUCAAGAUGCCCAUCAACGAGCCGGCCGCGGGCAAGAAGAAGUCGCAGAUCGAGGAGUACGUCAUCUUCAACGCCGGCGCGGGCGUGCAGCACAUUGCGCUGCUGACGCACGACAUCAUCUCGGCCGUGUCGGCCCUGCGCGCCCGCGGCGUCGACUUCAUCAACGUGCCCGAGAGCUACUACAACACGAUGCGCCAGCGCCUCAAGACAGAGCGCCGCCAGUGGGAGCUCAAGGAGGACCUCGACACCAUCCAGAGCCUCAACAUCCUCAUCGACUACGACGAGGGCGGCUACCUGCUGCAGCUCUUCACCAAGCCCCUCAUGGACCGCCCCACCGUCUUCAUCGAGAUCAUCCAGCGCAACGACUUUGACGGCUUCGGUGCCGGCAACUUCAAGAGCCUCUUUGAGGCCAUUGAGCGCGAGCAGGCCGAGCGCGGGAACCUGUAG